CCCAACACUGUCUCUCACUCAGGCACACGUCUCUCUCUCUCUCUCUCUCUCUCACUGACACACACAUCUCUCUCUCUCUUCCUCCCUCACACACACACACAGGCGGCAGGCGAGGCAGGAGCACCACUGAACCUCACAGAAGAAAACAGAUCCGGCAGAUUAAUCUUCUCUUUCUCUAAGCUGCUGCAAUCCCUCUUCUGCUUCUCAUCACCUCCAUUUCUUCAUCCAUCCAUCAUCCCACCAUACGUCCAUCUAUUCGGCAUCUCAUCAGGAAGGGAGGGGGGGCAGUACACCCAGGAUUAUUCCAGGUUCCUGUUCUGUCUCGGUCGGUCUGUCCCGACGUCUCCUUGGAUUUUGGACAUGAAGGUGGAGCUGCGCUGAAGAUGUUCGUGGCUGCCACUAUGACAGUGUAAAAACUCCCUCAAAAAGAAGCCAUCGUCAAGUCCCAAAUGUCUCAGACAGAGAUGCCCUCCAGCUGCCCCUCACCUGUGGUACCCUCACCAUUCUGUAGACCAGCGCUGCUCUGCGCCCUGUGCAUCCUGUUGAUGCUGCCGCCUCAGGCGUCCUCCUGCCCACCUCCCUGUGUCUGUUCCACCGAUGGUCUAGUGGACUGUGAGGGGCGAGGUCUGACAUCACCGCCGCCUCUGCACCUUCUCCCCACGGGCAGCCGUUGCCUCCUGCUGGCUAACAACAAGAUGACGGCAUUGAUGGCGUCAACUUUUGCCAACAUGUCUGCACUGGAGGAGCUGGAUCUCUCCAACAACUACCUGGAUCAUCUGCCGGCAGGAUUAUUCAGAGAAAUGUCUAAUCUGACCAAACUCAGUCUUCACAAUAACUCACUUACCGGGACAGACCCGAACCUGUUUCAGGGUCUGGUGGCUCUCCAGAGUCUGGAUCUGUCCGUGAACGGCCUGUCCUCCGUUCCUCUAGGUCUGCUAGAUGAGCUGCAGAGUCUCAGGCGACUGUCUCUAGCCGGAAACAGACUCCAUGGUCUGGAGAGGGCCGCCUUCGAGCCGCUGACCCACCUGCAGCACCUGGAACUGGGACAGAACCCCUGGGAAUGUGACUGCAACCUGCGAGAAUUCAAGCACUGGAUGGAGUGGCUGCUGUACCGAGGGGGAACAGUGGAUGCCAUGGAGUGCACACUGCCCAAGGACCUGCGUGGACGCGACAUCCGAGGGGUUCCGGUGGAGAUGUUCAACUACUGCCUCCAACUAGAGGACGAGAACGGAGCCGGUGACAAUCCUCGCACCGGAGCAGGUGGUGGAAGUCCACCCUGCAGCAGAGCAUCAACGGACCCGACUGGGUCGCCUAUUUCUGACUCUGGCAACAACGAGGAACCUGCAGGCCUGGCCGCUGGGGGAGGAGACUCCACGUCUGACUGCGUUCGUGCUCGGUACCGGCCAGUCAGUGUCCGACGGGCCAUAGGCACGGUGGUGAUCGCUGGGGUAGUCUGUGGCAUUGUCUGUAUCAUGAUGGUGGCGGCAGCGGCAUACGGAUGCAUCUAUGCCUCGCUCAUGGCCAAGUACCAGAGAGAGCUGAAGAAGAGGCAGCCCCUGAUGGGAGAUGGCGAGGCAGACGGUGAUGACCGAGAAGAGAAACAGAUCUCAUCUGUGGCCUAGUGUUGGGCGGGCUGCAAAAACUAAGGGCUCAUGGAGAAGAGGAGCGACUCCCGGUGUGACUCGCACUUCUGGUCUUCCGUCCUUCAUCCUCUCUCUGGUUUACCUUCUACCUCUGUGUCCCCUCCUCACCCACAAUCUUUGAGUUCAUGUCCAGCCUCUGCAGCAAAGAAACAUAUCACUAACUCUGAAGUCCAGGUCCCAAAGAUCUUUAUCGGAGAUGUCAAUAGUCCAUCAAGGACUUGCCGAGGUCUCAACAUUCCUGUUGUCUCUCCAGGAAUGUCUGGCCUAGAGCCCAGAAUCCACUCUGAACCAAGAGGCCGUGGAUCUUCUCAGGACUUACAAGGUUGUAAAAGCAGGACCAAAAGUCCCCCACACCCAAGUCAACAACAGUGUCACCUGCAUACCCAAUCUUCUGGAACAGAGACAGCACACAGAACGGACAGGACCCUGACCAUGGGAGUAUGCCACGCUUGGCUGGCGUCAUCACACCGCAGUCCAGAUCUAUAUUAGAUCUUCACCCCUAUAGUCACAUGUCCCAUCAUUCCCUUCUGUGCUCUAACAGGAUCAUGGUCCGGACAUGGAAUCUAUGGUAUAGAAAACUAGCCAGUGAUGUAGCAGCAACAAUGAGUCCAGAGAGGAAGCAAACCUCAGCAUUUUAAGGCCUUCCAGUGGACCCGGCCAAGAAAUGAUAGCCUGCCUCCUCUUUCUUUCCGAGUAGUCAAGUCACUUUCACACUUGAUUUUGAAUUUAUUAUGUGAGUCUGACUCCACUCCUGAAGAACAUUGUUCUCAAAUCCUCCCCCAUGUCCUCCACACACAACGUCCGUCUCCAGAUUCUGUGUUUGUGUUAUUUUGUCGAUAAAGUUUCUGUGACAGAGGUAGUUCAGAGUCACCAGAAAUCGUCAGUCCUUCACACUAACAUUAUGACCGGCAUGAGUGGUGUUGGAUAGACCAUAAGCCAUGAGCAGAUGAAACUUGUCAUUAGUUUCUGUUGUCUAGUAAGCAAAAGAUUCAGAUUUUCCAAGACUUCACCCCGAGAAAGCUGUGGUAUGGAUUUAAAUAUUAUGACUUAACCAUUUCUUAUAUUUUGGUUCAGAAGCCACAAUGUUUUAAUGAAGAAACCUGCAACUCUUCAAUGACGACUGCCUCCAGAAACACAAAUCUGGUGGCCAAUCAUGGAGUCACAGCCCUCGUCUAUACGUGUGCGGGUGUGCUUGUAGCCUUCACUUGGUCCAGCAGUCAGUGACUCUGAACUCUCUCCAAGGCCGCAGGACCUUCACAGGUCUGCUGUUGUUGUAGCUAAUAUCUUAGCUUCCUCAAGUGUGUAUGUGUGUGCGCCUGGUUGGGCUAUAGUUGUGGGGACAUUUUUGCUUAUCCCCACAGGUUUUAAGGCUCCAUUUCAGGGUUAAGACUUCAAAAUAACGAGUUCAGUUCAGUUUGGUUCAGAGUCCUGGUAAAGGUUAGCCAUUUGUUUUGGAUGGCUGGGCUUGGGGUGAGAGGCUGGGGAAAGCGUGAGGUCGACGAAAUCUCCCCACAAAGAUAGCAGUGUGUGUGUGCGUGUGUGUGACAUGCGUGUUUGCAUGCAGGUGUAUGUAAACAAUAAAUUCUAGUUUGGUACGUAGAACUGCAGAGUUGUGUCUUGAGUUCAAC